UGAGGACCGUCGGCGACGACCCGAUUUAACUAUCUACUUGAUCUCCUCUUCCCCAUAGACAAUCCCUUCACUGCUCUCAGACACCGUGUUGUUGCAGUCACAAUGGGUUCCAUCUCGACUGCUGGCGAGGCUGUCGCCCGCAUCGCACAUUUGGCCUCCGACGUGAUUGUGUCGGUUGUGCCCUCAUUGAAGGAGGAUUCAGAGUUCUCUGAAGUACUGCGCUCGUUGCAGCAGAGCAAUGCGCCUUCUGUUGUUGCUAAGCAGCAGCCAGAGAUCAUCUCUGUCCGCCAGAAUGCCGACCCUCUCCUUUCGGUUUUCCAGCCCAUUCGUGCUGGCAAGCUCACCAGCGUCACCACCGCCUCCUCGAUCCUGGUGAAGUCGAUACCACACCUCUACAAGCUCGCACAAUACCCCGUCGUUCUCCACGUUUCCGUGCAGCCGACUGGCUUCCCAGACUUCUCCGAUAUCACAUCCAUCAGGCAGUCUGGCUUCACAUUCUUGCAGUCUGAGACACUACAGGAAGCACAAGAUAUUGCCUUGACUGCACAUGCUUUGGCUAUCAAGUCGGGCAAGGGUGUCAUCCACUUCUUCGAUUCAGGCGCGUCUGCUUUCAAGAAGUCGAUUGUACAGGAAGAUGCUCAGCUGCUCGGCCGUGUCAUUGACCUUGACGCUGCGGCCGCCUUCCAGCACACCAGCUCAGCGGAGACUUCUCUGUACGCUGACGAUGGGAGGAAUGCGACCCUCUCCUUCGCCCGUAGCCAGACCUCGGACGCCAACAACACAGAAUCUACACCCUUGAGCUCUUCGGAACUGCGGUCUGUCCCAGCAUCAGAGAGGAAUAGCCAGCGUGCCGAUUCAUCUUCUGGCUCAUCUCAGCGUGACACCAGCCAGAGUGGCGCUUCAGUGUCUUCCGCGACCACUGUUGAGUCUUUGAUCUCAAAGCCUGUUUCGUCUGAAGACAUCUAUCGAUUCGCCUCGCAAAUCUGGGAGACGAUCAAGGAGUCCACCGGACGUGCAUAUGACGCGUUCUCCUACACUGGCGCUGGCAACGAAGAGGCCGCCAUCUUUCUGUUUGGCGCCGAUACCGGUGUUUUUGCCACCGAGCUCGACUCUGCGGAGGACUCUGAGCCAUACGCCAACGCUGGUUUGAUCACAGCUAGGAUGUACCGUCCCUGGUUGGGUGCGUCCCUCGCCCCACUCCUCCCUAAGUCGAUCAAAAAGAUCGCUGUUCUGGAGCAGGUCCGUCGCAAGACCACUAAGUGGGGUCCUGCUCUUCUGGACCUGUUGAUGUCUCUGAAAUCGACUGGUGGCGCAUCACCUUCCGUUGUUGGCUUCCAGUUGGGUUAUAUCGACGAGAAGACCGUGGCACAGGCUCUUCGUGGUGUAUGGCAGAACCUCACUAGCGAGUCGCCCAUUCAGAACCUCCAGAUCGGAAACAUGGAUGGCCCAAAAGCUGAGUCGCCGAAGCUCGAGAAGCCCGCCCUCGAGAACGCCUAUGUGAAGAUCUUGGACCAAGUCUUCGGCGACAAGCUCCAUGUGGCCAACCAGCUCGGCGCACAGAAUGCUGGUAUCUCCAACGAAAUUUCUGCUAGCCCUGAGUAUGGUUUUGGAUCUCUCAUUGCCCGUAAAGAGCACAGGAAGCGAUUUGUUGAUGAGGCUGCGUCUGCUUCCAAGAGCAACGACUUCAUCACAAAUGCACCAAAGGAGUGGCUGUCUAAGUGGGCACUUAGCGCUAACCACGCUGACGAAGCUAACGAUCUUGCUCCUGAGGUCAUUGCACGUCUGAGCACUGACGGCUCCGCUACCGCCAACAAGUUCCUCGAAUCCAAGAAGUUGUUCUAUCAAGAGUCGUCCUGGUUGGUCGGUUCUGAUGCUUGGGCAUACGAUCUUGGCAACUCCGGUGUUCACCAUGUCCUCGAGGCUGGUGAGAAUGUCAACAUGCUGAUCAUUGAUUCUACACCUUACUCUGAGCGCGCCGCUGCCGACUCUGUACGCAGGAAGAAGGACAUCGGCCUGUACGCAAUGAACUUUGGCAACGCCUAUGUUGCCUCUGUUGCUGUGUACAGCUCAUACACUCAGGUCUUGGAAGCCAUGAUCGAGGCUGACAAGUUUGAUGGUCCCUCAGUCGUCCUUGCUUACUUGCCAUACGAGAAGGAGACUGACUCACCUUUGACAGUCUUGCAAGAGACCAAGAAGGCCGUCGACCUGGGGUACUGGCCACUGUAUCGUUGGGAUCCCAAGGGCGAGGAGAAGGGCGAGCCCAACUUCCAGCUUGACUCUGAGAGGAUCAAGAAGGAGCUCGAGGAGUUCCUUGCUCGUGACAAUUACCUGUCUCAGGUCAUGAAGAGACAUCCGGAAUUCGCGUCUAACGUUUCCGGAAACUUUGGCACGGAGGUCAGGCAGUUACAGAAGCGCAAGGCCAAGGAUGCUUACAGCCAGCUCCUUGACGGCCUCGCCGGUGACCCAUUGACCAUCCUCUUCGCCUCCGACAACGGCAACGCUGAGAAGGUAUCGAAGCGUCUCGGUAACCGUGGUAAAGCGCGAGGACUUAAGACGAUGGUUAUGGCAAUGGACGACUACCCUCUUGAGGACCUUGCCAAUGAGCAAAACGUUGUCUUCAUUACCAGUGUCGCUGGUCAGGGUGAAUUUCCCCAGAACGGACGCACAACCUGGGAGACUAUCAAGGACUCUACUGACCUCGAUCUCGCCACUGUCAACUUCUCCACAUUCGGUCUCGGUGACAGCCACUACUGGCCUCGCAAGGAGGACAAGAUCUACUACAACAAGCCUGUCAAGGACCUACAUGCACGCCUGCUCACACUAGGUGCCAAGGAGCUCGCACCUGUCGGUCUUGGAGAUGACCAGGACCCCGACACAUACGAGACCGCCUACCAGGAGUGGGAGCCGAAGAUCUGGCAAUCGCUCGGUGUCGCCAACGUCGAAGGCCUGCCCGAGGAGCCUCCGCCAAUUACCAACGAGGACAUGAAGGCUGCUUCGAACUUCCUCCGUGGCACCAUUGAGGAGGGACUGGCGGACACAUCUACCGGCGCAAUUUCUGCAAGUGAUCAACAGCUCACCAAGUUCCACGGUACCUACAUGCAGGAUGAUCGCGAUCUGCGCGACGAGCGCAAGGCACAAGGUCUCGAGCCAGCCUACUCGUUCAUGAUCCGAUGCCGUCUUGCUAGUGGUGUUGCUACCCCUAAGCAGUGGCUCCAGAUGGACGAGAUCAGCAGUACGCUCGGUAACGAGACCAUGAAGCUGACCACCCGUCAAACAUUCCAGUUCCACGGCAUUGUCAAGGGAAAGCUUAAGCCAGCCAUGCAGGCCAUCAACAAGUCCUUGAUGACCACUAUCGCCGCAUGCGGUGACGUGAACCGUAACGUCAUGUGCAGUUCCCUCCCUACCCAAUCAAAGUACCACGGACAGGUCCACGCCAUCUCCCAGAAGAUCAGCGACCACCUUCUCCCCAACACGUCUGCUUACCACGAGAUCUGGCUUGAGGAUGACGAGACUAAGCAGAAGCGCAAGAUCGCAGGCGAGGCUAUUCAGGACCACGAACCCCUUUACGGUCCGUUGUACCUCCCCAGGAAGUUCAAGAUCACCAUUGCUAUUCCGCCCCACAACGACACCGACGUCUACGCUCACGAUAUCGGUCUGAUCGCCAUCAAGGGUGCUGAUGGGAACCUCGUUGGCUUCAACCUUCUCGCCGGUGGUGGUAUGGGUGUCACACACAACAACAAGAAGACCUACCCCCGAACUGGAAGCAUGUUCGGUUACGUUGCCGCUGAUCAGGCCCAUAUUGCCUGCGAGAAAAUCAUGCUGGUGCAGCGUGACCACGGCGAUCGCAAGAACAGGAAGCACGCUCGCCUAAAGUACACCAUCGACGACAUGGGUGUCGAUGUCUUCCGAGGCAAGGUUGAGGAGCUGUGGGGCCAAAAGUUUGCUGACCCUAAGCCUUUCAAGUUCGACAGCAACGUCGACACCUUCGGAUGGCAGAAGGAUGAGACUGGUCUCAACCACUUCACUCUCUUCAUUGAGAACGGUCGUAUUGAGGACACAGCUGAGUUCCCGAUGAAGACUGGUCUCAUUGAAGUCGCCAAAGCUCACAAGGGAGAGUUCAGGUUGACUGGUAACCAGCACUUGAUCUUGUCCAAUGUCCACGAUGAUGACCUCCCGGCAAUGAAGGAGCUGCUCAAGAAGUGGAAGCUUGACAACAUCCAGUUCUCUGCUAUGCGACUGUCAAGUUCCGCUUGCGUUGCCUUCCCUACUUGCGGUCUUGCCAUGGCUGAGUCUGAACGUUACCUUCCUGUCCUGAUUUCCAAGGUCGAGGAGACCCUUGAGGAGGCAGGCCUGCGUCAAGACAGCAUUGUCAUGCGUAUGACCGGUUGCCCUAACGGUUGUGCACGUCCUUGGCUUGCUGAGAUCGCCUUUGUCGGCAAAGCUUACGGUGCAUACAACAUGUACCUUGGUGGCGGUUACCACGGCCAACGUCUGAACAAGUUGUACAGGAGCUCUAUCAAGGAGGAUGAGAUCCUGGAGAUCCUGCGGCCGAUGAUCAAGCGCUACGCUACGGAGAGGAACGAGGGCGAGCGCUUCGGUGACUUCGUCAUCAGGGCGGGUAUUAUCAACGAGACUACGCACGGAACCAACUUCCACGACAACGUAAGUCAUUACGCAAAUGCCGACACGCAAGCAUGAGCUAACUAUAUUCCAGGUUGCAGAAGAGGAGUCCGAUGCCGAGUAGACACUUUCGGCUGUCUAUGGUCAUGAUUGAUGGUUUCAUAUAGUUGCAUAUGGCUGCUUUGGGUAGG